AAGUCUUACAGCCACAUGAAUUUGAUUAUGGAAUCAAAAUAUAGAGAGAGGAGGAUGGCCAGAAGCUGCAAUACUUCGCCGGCGGAGCUGCUGGAGGCGGCGACGAAAACGGCGCGGUGGUGGUCGGGGGAAUCGUCUUCCGACUCGGCCGAGUUGGCGGACCUGAUCGAGUCGUUCUACCACGGGGAGGAGAAAGAGAUGAAGGUGGAGGAGGACGAGGAAGCCGAAUUAGAUGCGGGACAUCGGGCAUUGACAGCCGUACUCGACGAAUCGGAGGCUGACCCGGUGGCUCGUCGGUUCCGAGCAGAGGCGGAGCGGGCCGUCGGAGCCGUCGGAUUCGGUCAUCGAGGGCAGGGGUUGAAAAUGCGAGUGGUGGGGUGGCUUCGCGAACAAGGAUUCGAUGCCGGACUCUGCAAGUCCUCGUGGGAGCGAUUCGACGACGGAGUACCCGCCGGCCACCACCACUACAUCGACGUGAUGAACGGUGGCGGCGGCGGGUGCAGCACGCAGCGCUACAUACUGGAGCUCGACUUCGCGGCGGAGUUCGAGAUCCCCCGACCCUCGGCCGCCUACGCCGCGCUGCUCCGGCGCGUGCCGAGGACUUUUUCCGGGACGGCGGGGAACUUGGAGCGGAUCGUGAGCGUGAUGUGUGCGGCGAUCCGGGAGUCGAUGAGGAGCGCCGGCAUGCCGCUGCCGCCGUGGCGGCGGAAGCAAUACGUCGAGGCGAAGUGGCUGGGAGGGUACGAGAGGCACACUGCAGAGCCGCUGCCGCCGCCUUGGGAAGUGGUGGAGAGGGCGGAAGGUUGGAGGAAGAAGGCGGCGUGGAGGGUCGAAUUGGAUGGCAGAGAGGCGGAGAGGCGGAGGAGAAUGGCGACGGCGUAGUGCUCGGCACUUAACACAUCAAUCGUACGGAAUGUUUUUGGCUUUAAGACUGUACCACAUUGGGCAGUUUUUGUUUAAUUUUAGUUAGGGUUUAAUUAAGGGCGUGAAACCCUUUUUUUUUCUAAACAUAUUUUAUUUUAUAUCCAUAGUUGAUUUUUAUUUUUAUUUUUUACCUUGUA